AUGCCCAUCAACAGCAUGCUUCUUCCAGCGCAUAUCUCAGCGGUCGUCGCCCUGCAGGUUCCAACAGGAAGCUCUCAAACGCGUGCGGUUCAACGAAAAGUCCCUGGUUCGCGUGCCUGGACGUCGUUCCUUGAUUGUGUCUCAGCAACAUGGGUAGCACUCCCAGCAACCGUCAUUUUCAAGGGCAAGAGGCAUUCAACAACAGUGGGCGUCGCGCUUGUCGUUCUUCUCUGCAUGUUCGAAGCCCUGCUGCACACGCACCUGCACAGCAUCCCACGCCCGCCACAAGACCUCGACGAGCCCUUCGCGAGACAAUGUCAAGACCCGCGCAUCGCCGCCCAAGAACCACGCGAAAAGGCCGCCCUCGUCAUGCUCGCGCGCAAUUCAGAGCUCGACGAAGCCCGCAAAACAAUCCAGAACAUCGAAGCCCAGUUCAACCAAUGGUUCAAUUACCCCAUCAUCUUCCUCAACAACGAGCCCUGGGACCCAAAGUUCAUCCGCGAGCUCAACGCAUCAGCCAGCGGCGAAGCCAUCUUUGAGACCAUCCCAGCCAAAGACUGGUCCUACCCACCCUGGAUCUCGCCCGAAAAAGCCCACGAGUCCAUGGCCCAACAAGCCGCAUCCGGCGUCUAUAACGGUGGCAUGGAGUCGUACCACCACAUGUGCCGCUUCUACUCAGGCGCCUUCUACACCCAGCCCGCCUUAGCACCCUUCAAAUGGUACUGGCGGCUGGAGCCCGGAAUUCGCUACACCUGUGCCAUAACCUACGACCCCUUCGCCGCCAUGGCCUCCCACGGCAAAACAUACGGCUACACCGUCGCCCUUUGGGAAGAACCCGCCACCUGCCCGUCCCUCUUCCGCGAAAUCGACACCUACCGCCAAAACAACCACCUCCCCGCCACCCCAAACUUCAACACCCUCGUUGAGACGACCGACAUGCCAUGGUACCUGCAGCCGUACCCCAUCCGCAAACUCCUCGGCCUCCUCGGCAACCCGCACACCUCGCGCUCGGGCGAGCGCUGGAACCUCUGCCACUACUGGAGCAACUUCGAAAUCGCCUCGCUCGACUUCUUCCGCAGCGAAGCGUACCAAUCCCUCUUUGCCCACCUCGACCGCAAAGGCGGCUUCUACACGGAGCGAUGGGGCGACGCGCCCGUGCAUUCGUUCGCAGUGCACCUCCUCCUCCCGCCCGAGCGGCUGCAUCACUUUUCGGAUUUUGGGUAUCACCACGACCCGUUCUGGCAGUGUCCUGGUAAUGCGCCGGGCGGGCAGCUGCCGGGGAAUGAGGCGUUGGGGAAAGGGAGGGAGGCUGGGUGGACGAAGGAGAGUGAGGGGGCGAUUGGGUGUCGCUGUCGCUGUGGCGGGGACGACGGGACGUGGAGGAGGAAUAACCGGGGGAUUUGUUUGCAACGGAUGCAGCGGGCUGCUGCGGCGACCAGGGUUGGGUGGUGGGAUCGGUGGAGGGGAAGGUAUCCUUAUAGUAUUGGCGUUCCGGGGUGACGGAGGAGGGAAGAAUGGCGUAUUGCUGCAUAUAUAUUGACCAUGCGAUACCAUAUAUCCUUAUUGAUGUAACGUGUUCAAUUAUGCGGGAUGAACCUGGCCUCAGCCGCGAGCUGCAGUUCCCUGUUGAUCAAUAGUCGAUCCUCAACUUGGUUCUGCCGCUGGUGUGCACAGUAUUGAGAAGGAUGUUGACGAGUCAGGGGCAGCAGGAUUAGACCAGGUUCAUGAGGCGGCUGACCUGCGCCUUACCCCUAACUACGUUGGGUUCCUACACCUAAAUCUAUUCUUCUGUCGUGUAAUGACUCGUGUCACGCUCCAUUCCAUCCU